AUGAACAAAUCAAUCUUGGUCGUUUGUAUCAGUUUAGUAGUGUUUCUAUCCCCAACUCUCGGUGCUAAAAUGAUGAGUAACCAGAAUGGCGAUAGACACUGUGGAAUGGCGCAAGGCAAGGUGAUAAGUUCAUGUUUGCAUCGAGAUAACGGACAAUCGAGACAAGGUGAUUGUUGUCAAGCUUUAUACGAGCUAAACUUACAAGCAGAGACGCCAAACGCACGUCAAGAUCUCUGCAGGUGUUUCCAAGAAAUUGUAUGGUUGUCUCCUUAUAAUAAACUUAUCGGGUUGCCUGAACACUGUGGUAUUUCUAAGGCGGUUCCAUUUGACACUAAAACGGAUUGUGGAAGGAUUAAGCUCUGA